AGAAAUAUCAGUCAGAUAACUGAUAUCCUAAGAUUAGGUUUAGUUGUAAAACACAACCAUUUAUACAGUUUCGGUGGUUAAAAUUUUCUUACCGUUCGGUUUCAAAAUUAUGGCCAAAAUUUUUGAGAGCCUACCACAAGUUCCAGCUCAACCACCUCCUCCUCUGCCUACUUCAAUAACGCUCGAAUCUGGAGCUCCUACCGCUUUGCGGGUCAUCCACCUGGAGACGGAGCAGAACGAUGAGGAGCGUCGUCGGCAAAUAGCUGCCAAUAAAUACGGCGGAUUUUGCGUCCAUGUGUUCAUUGCCGCAAUGCUCUGCAUCAUGCUGGUGGUGCUCUUCUUUGCAGCUCCACUCGGUCAGGAUGAUAUGUUGGGCAAGACAUCCGCAGAGCGGAUGGAGCACCAGCGGCGAUAUUUCGAGGCGAAGGAGGCGCGUCUGCGGCUCGGCGGCCGAAUGGAGAUGAGUCCUCUGGAGGAGGUGGCUAAUGGCCGGUUGAUGGCCGUCAAGAUGGAGGAUGAGGAGGUGCACAGUUUGUGGAAGAACUACCACUCCCAGCCGCCUCCGUUCCUCCAGAACCAUAACAUCAGUGAGACUGAUCUGUAUGGUUUGUUGCGAAGUAUGCCCAAGGGCGGGUUGCUCCACAUCCACGAUUCAGGAAUGAUGAAGGUCGAUGUACUAAUUGGGCUCACCUACCGUGAUAAUCUGUGGGUCUGCGUCAAUAGGGAGCAGGGCUUUGAGGACUUUCGGUUCUCCAAGACCUAUCCACAUGUCAAACCAACAGUGGAGACCGAGUAUCAAUGCACUUGGAUGCUGCUGAGCAACUUCUUCCAUUACGAGGAUCGCUCCAUCUAUGAGGCCAAGUUACGCGAAUGUCUCUUAAUCAAGCCAGAGGGAUAUGCGAGCUCCUCGGAUCUGUCCAGGCACUUGCGGCGAGCUCAGAGGCUCAUCCAUGGCCUGGUCACCUAUAAGCCAAUGUGGCCCAACUUCCUGGGCACUAUGCUCCAGGAUUUUCAUGACGACGGAGUGCAAUAUGUGGAGCUCCGCUCUUCGUUGCCAAUCUUAUAUGAUCUGGAGGGAAGCAAUUAUACCAUUUUGGAUACAGCCAGUGCCAUGGUGAGUGCCGUGAAGGUUUUCAAGAGCGCGUACAGGGACUUUAUUGGGAUUAAGUUGAUAUAUGCCCCUUUCAGGGACUUUAAUGAUACUCGUAUCAAUCAAUAUCUGGAAAAUGCACGUAUUCUUAAGUCCCAUUUUCCCGAUUUCUUUGCGGGCUUCGACCUGAACACCUUUGGGGACGAGUGCAACUUGCCCCUCUUGGGCCGGGCCACCCAACUCUUGAAUGUUGGCAAGGACAUAGACUUCUACUUUCAUGCGGGGGAAUCCAUGUGUCCGGACAGCUACCGGCCGGAUGCGAAUCUCAUCGAUGCAUUCUUACUGGACAGCAAACGGCUGGGCAACUCCCUGAAUGUUCCCCUGCAUCCGGAGAUCAUGAAGGCCUUGAAAUCUCUCCAAGUGGCAGUGGAACUGUGUCCGCUCUCCAAUCACUAUCUGCAGUACUACAAUGAUUUCCGACAGCAUCCGGCGGCUUAUUUGAUUGCGGCUGGCUUUCCGGUUGUGAUCGGUUCGGAUUAUCCGUAUUUCUGGAACUCCGCCCCGCUGACCAACGAUUUCUAUGUGACGUUUGUGGGCGUGGUGACCGGCUUUAACAAUCUGCGCGUCCUCAAGCAGCUGGCCGUGAACUCGUUCCUCUAUAGCUCUCUUAGCCAUCGGGAGCGGAAGCUGGCCAUGGCCAAGUGGCAAUGCAGCUGGAAUCGAUGGAUCAAGAGCUUUGUGAAUACGACGAAGCAGUAA